AUGGAUCGGACCGAGCCAGGGCUGAUCAAAUGGUCACCCAAUGCCUCCCAUAGCUCAUUCAUACACAUCAACCUCCAACACCGCAUGGUCCAGUUGUAUGAGCCGACAGGACAUGCCCAGCGCGGACGAUUCGAGUAUCGGAAAGUCGCCAAACACGCUGACAUCCCACCACUUACCACUUAUGACUGGUCACCCUCAAUGCCUGGUCUGGUGGCAGUGGGAACAUCAACGGGCGUGGUCAACCUCUUGCGAGUAGACGACAACUCCAACGCCUAUCUUGAGCUGGGACUCAAAAUGUCACGCACAUGUCACGCUGUGGCCUUCAACACGAUGGGGAAGCUAGCAGUAGCUCUGGAAAGAGUGAGAAAUGACAACUGCCUCUACAUUUGGGACGUCAACCGACUGUCCGGGAUCGACUCCUCCGUGAGGGGUUUCCCCACCAACAUCAGUGCCCCUUCAGACCCUACCGACCGGCUCGAACCAAGUGUGUCCGUUUCGAGUGUCAAGUUCUUUGAGGACGACCCCAAUCUUCUGGUCGCGGGCAUCAAGGGGACUGGAUUGAGAUUGCACGACCUCAGAGACCAUCAUAACGCGGCAAUUACGUUCCGAACAGGGUGCUGUAACAACCUCGCCAUCGACUAUGCCGACCCACAUUAUUUUGCCUCCUCCGCCUUGGAUAAGCCUGGUGUGAUGGUCUGGGACCGACGCUACAUUGAUCAGCAUCAUGUCAAUCCAGUAUAUGCCAAAGCUGUGCAGUCCGACAGCCUACCGCCGGGAGGCGCUUUACGUUUGGACCAUGCCGUUGACGAGGAGGCAGAUUCAUCACUGACGGACAAUAAAAAUUCAUUUAUCCGGGCCCUUCGUUUCUGCCGUGACCAACCUGGUUUGCUGGCAAUGUUGUCACGGACAGGCCAACUCAAGGUUCUGCACACAAGGCGCGAGCAUCUCGAGCCAGAGUUGGUUGUGGAAGGAAGCCCAGAGUUGCUCGAGGUUGCACGGUCGCGCGAACUCGAGCCUCUCUACGCCGACCUAGCUCGCAAGAAUGACAAAGUUGUGUCUUUUGACUGGAUCACGAUGAGUUCCCCGGUUCUACAACCGCGCAUACUGGUCCUUAGGGCCAACGGAGCAUUGGAUGUGGUCGAAAAGCCAUCUUUUACGUCUGAAUACCCAUACAAAAUGGUCCCAUGGCAACCGCCACAUCGAGGAUUUGAAGACCUUAUGGAGUUUGAACCAUCUCAUUCACAUGCCAUGCUCGGGCCAUUGCUAACCGAGACCGCUCUCCUCGACAAGCCUGUCUUUGGCUCCAACAAAGUUGACGUGGCUGCUGUGGUAGAGCAGACGUUUGCUACACCACCCGAAGCAGUCCUCGCUGUUCAAGUCUCUGGGGAUGCCGAGCUUCCAGCAGCAUUUCAUAACGCAACUACUGUUGCAGAACAGCUGAAGGCGCUGAGAUCAAUGGUCAAAGACACAGAGGUAGGCACUCAAGCCGAGCCGCCUUCACAACGCCACCGCCAUGAGAAACUCCUCAUGGAGACUAUGAACUUGGCCCGCAACUCGCCCACAGCAAGAAAUGUGCUGGAUCACAUUAUGCUUCUGAGAGCCAAGGAGGGGUACUUAUUCAACUAUGAGAAAAACAGGGAGAUUGUGUCGGAUGAUGUCUGGUUGAGGGAUGUGUGGGCGUGGGUUUCUGGCGCUCAGGAGGCGGCAUCUGAUGGGGGGAUGAUGUCGCACCCUCUUGAUAUUGGAUACCUGGGCGUCUACACAAUAUGGUCAAACGAUCUCGGAAGCCGACCGCAUAUGAGACUUUCCGACGGCGAGCCACCACCAGACGAGGCCGGGUGGGAACGCUGCCUCAACGCGAUCAACAAAAAGCUCGGCAUUCCCAAAUAUGACGGCCCGGCGCCGACGUCGAGGCCUCACCACCGAGAGAUGUGUUUGGAAAUGUGCAGCUACGGUCGAUCCUAUGAGUCUGAGUAUGAAGAGGCCAUGUCUGACAGGACGCUCAAGAAAGACUCAGCCUGGUACACCAUGGUCGCCGCCAACACUCUCUUCCGAGGUGACAUCAAAGGCGCCGUCCAAGUUCUCAAAAAAGCCAGCAACGAGCACCCCGAACUCUUGUUUGUAUCCCUCGCCCUCCAACUAAUAAGCAAAGACAAGGUCGAAACCCUCGACUUUGACGCCCGCGUCGCCUCCAAAACCGACCCCUAUCUCCGCGCCAUUUCCUCCAUCAUCGCAACCGGCGACUGGGCUUCAAUCGCCGACCAACCCUCCCUCCCUCUCCGCGACCGCAUCUUCAUCGCCUUGCGAACCUUUGACGACGACCACUUGGACUACUGGCUCCAAGCCCAAGUCAACAAAGCAAUCUCCUUUGGCGACAUCGAAGGGAUAGUCCUUACAGGCAUCACAGACUCUUUAGUCGACAUCCUCUGCAGCUAUGUCCACAAGUUCAACGACUUCCAAACCGCCUCACUUUUGCUCUCGAUCUGCUCCCCCCGCUUCAUCGACGACGUUCGCGCAACCGCAUUCAGGGAAGCCUACCGCCGCUACCUCCAACGUCACCACGCGUUUUACCUCCGCGCGAAAUUUGACGUCGAGUCCACCAAACGGAGCAAACACCUCGGCCGACCGACAGUGAAACCCCCCGGCCGUCAAAUCGCUCUUCGCUGCGUGUAUUGUGACGCGGAAACGUCAAUGUCGGCCCAGCAGAACCACCCUCCUAGUCACGAGGGCACCACCCCCAAUUUUAUGCUGUUAGCCCCUUCUGCGUCAAGCGCUGCAUCAACCCACCCAUCCCCAGCCACGAUAUCCAUCAUCCCAGCAGGCAACACCUCCAAGGCCUCCAAAGGCGGGAGCAACAAUCCGUUCACAGACAAGAUGAUCUCCAGUGGAAUUUCUUGUCCCACCUGCAGACGCCAUUUACCUCGCUGCGUGGUCUGUUUGGAAGUUGUGGGGCUGCCGAGGAGUGACCAGGCCCGGCAUUGGCAUCAUAACACAGGGACGGGGGGAAUUGGCGGCGGCGGUGGCAGGAUAGGAGUAAGAGGCGGAGAGGAUCAAGAGAUGAAACUAGCGGCGAGAUUUCCCACUUUUUGUCUGCAGUGCCUGCACGUCCUGCAUUUGGACCACGCGAGGAAGUGGUUUGCUAGGCAUAGGGAGUGUCCGGUUCCCGAGUGUAAGUGCAGGUGUAAUUUCAGGGCGAAUGAGGAGUUGGCGUAUCGGUGA